AUGGCGGCCAUGUGCGAUGAAAUGGCCGUCAUCUAUGAAGAUGGCGUGGACGAAAACGGGUUGGAGAGCGUGGUCGAGCGUCUGGCCGAAGAACGAGAUCGGAUCCAAAAUGAUCUACAAACUAGUCGCUCCGAGACGCAAGAAAUCCGCAACGAGAUCAAACAACUCAACACCGUCAUCGAUCGACUGCGGCAAAUCAACACGGAUAAGCUUCCGGCGAAUCUGCAAGGCAUUGGCCGAGAGUUAUGCGAAGCCAAGGAGCGCAUUCUAGAGCUCGAGGAGGAGAUUCACGAGCUGAAGGCCGAGCGGCAGAACACGCGCUUGUUGCUCGAGCAUUUGGAAUUUUUGGUGAUGCGGCACGAGCGCUCGCUCCGAAUGACUCAGGGAAAGCGAAAUGCCGGUGCUCAGCAAAGUGUCUCCAGCGAAGUAGAGGUGUUGAAGGCGUUGAAAUCCCUCUUCGAACACCACAAGGCGCUUGAUGAAAAAGUCCGAGAGAAGCUUCGCGUCCAAGUCGAGAAGAACCAGGAGCUCGAGGCUCGUCUCAUGGAGGCGAAGCAGAAGCUCGAGAGCCAGUCUGGCUCUAGAGGGGCGGCCUGGGGAGACGGUAUAGCCGAAAAUAACGCGGCAAACGGCGAGCUCAACAAAAUUGAGCAAACUCGCAAGGAUUUCGCCAUCGAAUUGGAACGCCUUCAGCGGGAAAACCAAGCAGCUUCGGCAGAGGAGAGGAAACUGCGGACCAAAGUUGACGAGCUUAAAAAUGGAGAAAAAGAAGCGCGAGAGCGUCUCAGUGCACUUGAAAAACGCUACCUAAACUUGCAACGAGAAAAUGCAAGCUACCAAGAGCGCAAUCAAAAGCUCGAGUCGGAGCUUUCCCAGCAAUCGGCUCUUGAAAAUCAACUUGCAAAAGCUGAGGAAAGAAAUCGAAGUUUGCGCGAGCGUCUCGAACUCCAAGAAAAGCGCUGGACGAGCCAUGUGAACGAGCAGAAGCAGUCCGAUUUUUCGAUAAAUGCGAAUGAGAAAAAUGUCAGAGAAAUGGCGGACCGCAUUCACGCGCUGCAAAUGGACAUGGCGGAAAAGAACGAAGAGAUUAACUCGCUCAGGUCGAGGGAAAAAUCGACAGAGGAGUAUUCCGCCCGACUGGCCAGAAAGCUGGAUCGGCUGAUGGUUGAGAAUCAUCAGAGAACGCAAAAAGAGCUUCGUGAUCGAAUGAGUCUCUUAGAAGAAAAGAACCGCUUGGCUGUGGAGAAUUCUCAACUGAGGCGUCAAAUCGAAGAGCUCAGCAACCGUAUUAUGGUCGAGAAAUCAUUUCAAGCGAUCCCCAGUCUCCCUGGUGGCUACCAGGCUUAUCAGCCGAUCGAAGACCCUGUCGAUGACCACUGGGACUCUGACGAAAUAGUGACGGGUCCCUACGGAUACGCUCACAGCACCAGCACCCACCCCAAACAGCCCAACAACGAAGUCCUCUCACUAGCCAGUCAAAUAGAAGCAAUCUCCAACGAAAUCGCCAUUUUACAGAAACAGAAGCAAGCUCCCACAUCCGUCCCACUGCGGAAUGACGGAUACAAUGAACGACCAUUUUUGUACAGUCGCCCGCAUUCUCCUGGUCGCGAGCUUGAUCUUAUCGACACGAACGUUCCACUUUAUCCCUCAACCAAUUCUGCCUUUUAUGACAACGACGCCUUUCGAAAUGGAAAUCGCAGCUUCGAACUCAACACUUUAAAUACUUCCGGCUCCACACUUGGCAAAGACUCCUGCCUCAAAGAUGGCGAGAGUGUCUUGGAUGGCUCAGACUCCCUUUCGGGCUCUGAAAAGUCCAAGGAUCAGGGCAUCAAUCGCCCAAAAAAGCUCAAGAAACCUGGCAUCAAAGCUUCAAUUUCUCAGAUUUUCAAAAAGUCCCGCUCUGCAUCAAAGUCUGAAAAACUCUGCUCCCUGGAAUCCGAGUCCUCUUCGAAUCCGCGCGAACAGCAGCGGCGGCUCAAGAAGAAAAUGGAGCUGCUGGAAAAGGUUCGCGCCGAACGAACGCCGUUCUCGAACUGGAACGGGGCGACGAUCACCGCGUGGCUUGAGCUGUGGGUUGGAAUGCCUCAAUGGUACGUCAUGGCCUGUCAAGCCAACGUGAAGAGUGGGGAGAUCAUGUCUAGUCUCUCUGACAGUCAGAUUCAACGCGAGAUCGGCAUUCAGAAUCCCCUCCAUCGUCUCAAACUCCGUCUGGCUAUUCAGGAAAUGCUCUCGCUCACCUCUCCCGGAGCUCCUUCUACGUCCCGAUCUACAACUGGGUCAGUCUGGAUCCGCCACGAAGAUCUCCUCGAGGAAGAGGAGACUGACCUAAUCGACGAGCCGUUUUGGCCAGAGCACUUGGCUUAUGGAGAAAUGAACCACGAGUGGAUUGGAAACGAGUGGCUUCCUAGCCUUGGCCUGGCUCAAUACAGAAGUCAUUUUAUGGAGUCGCUUGUCGACGCAAGGAUGCUGGAUCAUUUGGACAAAAAGAACCUUCGCUCGACGUUGAAGAUGGUCGAUGCUGAUCACAGACAAUCGCUCCAAUGGGGCAUCUACUGUCUCAAACAGCUCGAUUACUCAAAGGCGGACUUGGAUGCGCGGCGGGAGGCGAGUCAAGACAACCUUCAAGAUGUGAUGGUCUGGAGCAACACGCGAGUGAUCAAGUGGCUUAAUUCCAUUGGACUGCAAGAGUUCUCGUCGAACUUGAAAGACACGGGCGUCCACGGCGGAGUGAUAGCUUUGGAAAAAGAUUUUCACGUCGAGACGCUGGCCCUCCACCUCAAGCUUCCAAACAAUCAUCCUAAACGCCGAGUGCUGCUGGACGAGUUUCUCAAGCUGCUGCAGACCGGCACGACCAGAUCGGUGGACGAGUACUACCACGGCUCGUACCGCAACUCCUACCGCCGUCGAGCAAAGAGCGGCUCCAACGAACCCAGCCCGCGUAAAAUUCCCAACGCCUCCUCCCACAACGACUCCAUGAGCGCGCUUCAGCACAGCUCGCCAGCGCGCCCGCCUCUUUGA